AUGAGUAACGGUUUGUUGCCUAUUUCGGUCGCAUCCAGGACCAUCACCAACCUUUCUGGUGAGCCUAACGGGUAUGGAACUCCCGCCUAUAAUGGGUUUAUGUAUCCUAACAACAUUGGCCAUAACCACCGUGGAGUUGAAGAAGUUCAAAGAAUCAUCAUGUCUUUGAAAUCCGGAAUCGAAAGUGAAGUAAAAUGGUCCUUGAGUACGUUAACACGUGUAUCUGUUCAUCCAGUCAUUAUGUUGGAAGACUUGCCAUUUGUUGGUAACGAACUCAUCAAGUUCUUUAUCCGUCCAUUCCACUGGAUUCUUGAGCAAAAGCCAAAUAAAGUCAAUCAAACAGCCAUUUCCUUCAGUUUGGAUUCUUUACUCACACUUCGUAACCUCUCACAAGACCUUUCAAAUCAACAGUGGUUAUCUCAAAUCAAACCUUUGAAGAAGCAUAUUAUUGAAGUAUUAAGAUUUUUGUUAAAUUGGUUCUAUGUCGAGUCCCAUCAAAUACACUCCCUAAAAGUUUAUGAAAAUCAAUUCAAGGAAGCAUUGGGUUACUUGCUUGACUUGCUCGAGCCAUUAAGUUGUUACUAUAUUGAUAACACCAAGAACGAUCCAUUAUUCAAUUUACUAUUGAAUUUUUCAACCAUAACAAACGACAAAGCUGUCUUCGUCAGUAUAAUAAAAACAUUGUCACAUUUAUUGAUUAUCCGUGAAAAGGCAACGGAUGGAAAUGACACGAAUGGAGAAGACGAUAGCCCAGCCAGAACUCCAAAUAACUGUAUCGACUCAAUUAAAGAUACACAUCUUGAGUCGAUUGUCAAUCAAUUGCUUAUCAACGAUAAUGAUUUGGCUUUCACAGUGUUGGAAUUCUUGAAGCAAUACUUAACUUCCGAAGCAUUACAUCCAGAACAUCCAAGCUCCGUCAAGGACUCGCAAAAUCUCAGGUUAGAAUAUCUUCUUCAAAUAAAUUCGUCGAAGUCUAACUUCAACACAUUGGUGAAGCAGCUUCCUUUGUUGACGGUUUCCAACUUACCAUUAAACGACGUGUCGAGCAUAAGGCCCAUUUCCCAAUUAACUUUGACCAAGAGAUCGCACUUUUCAGGAGUUCCAUCUACUUUGCCUGAUUUACCACCAGAGUUAUACAGCUUAAUAGUCAGAUUCCCAGAGCCAUUAAGAGCAACCACUUGGUUGCGUUGCUGCUACGAGCCAUUUACUAACCAAGUAUCCAACAACCCUGAAUCCACUGAUGUUGUUCCAGGAGAAGUUACUCAAAUUUCUCUUUGGAAAGCGUACGAGAAACAAUUUCAAGAGAUCUGGGAUUCGGCAGACGGCAAGCAGCAUCCUGAAUACAAGGCAUUGUUGCCUGCGGUGGAUUUCAUUAAGAAUGUGUCACAUGCCUUUCCUAACUCGGAAGCUAUGGUGGUAGCACUUGAACCACCAACCGAUCCACCAAAGAAGAAAUUCAUAAUAAAAGGCAUUCAGCCACGUCAAUUUGCAGUCAACAUUGAUGUGGGAAAUUAUGAAGCUUUGAAACCUAUCCCUGUCAGUUCUAUAAAUCCAAGCGAGAACUACAAGCUUCCUAUCGGCCAUGUUGAGCCCGAAAAGUUUGAUCAUGCUCUCAACAGCUUGUCCGAGAGCAUUCUUUCAUCCAAUAUAACCAAGUCCCUGGAGGCAGUUACGCCAAUUAACCUUACUGCUUGUGAAUUGCUUGACUACAUAAUUGAUGAGGUUCUCGAAACCAGGGAAAACUCCACCGAAGAAAAUAUCUUCAGAUUGUACAAUAGCCAUUGGCUCCCAGAUACCGUUUACUCCAACCCAUCUUUAGUUGAAGGUGGCUUGAUCAACCCUAAAUGGUUGAAGUAUUUAAUCUAG